GUCCCAGCGCCGGUGCCAAACGCACAAUGAGCAAAAUGGACAUCGUAAUACCCCGAAGAAGCGCAUCCGGCAUUCUUUCGACUCGUCGUUCCUCCGGCGCGACUCGAUCAUCGACACGAUGUUCGGCGGCGUGCUGAUCACGCGUGUCGAGUGUACAGUCUGUCACUCAUCAUCGCUGUCGCGCGACGUGUUCCGCGACCUGCAGCUAGCGUUCCCCGACAAGCCAGACAGCUCGCAGCACAGCGUGCAGAGCUUGCUCGAGUACUACUGCUCCAAGGAGAGCCUCUCCGGCGACAACAAGUACCAGUGUCGCGACUGCGGCUGCCUGCGGGACGCCGAGCGCAGCGUGCUCAUAGAGACGACGCCCAAGUAUCUCAUACUCGUACUCAAAAACUUCAAGUUCGAGCCGAAGGUACAAGUGCAGACAAAGCUGAUGCAGCCAAUGCACCACAACCAGACGGUGAACUUGCCGACGGUGCGCAACAAUCACUCGCAGCACUCGUCGUACUCGCUGUUCGCGGCGGUGAUUCACAACGGCACCACGCUCGACUCGGGUCACUACUACACGCUGGCUAAGGACAACGACCAGUGGCACAUCUAUAACGAUGAGAUCGUGACGAGCGCAGACGAGGCGGAGUUCAGCAAGCUGCACCCUAACUGCACGCCCUACAUACUGUUCUACCGGCGAAGCGACGUGGAAGAGGGCACCGCGCCCGCGCUGGAGGACCUGCCGCCCAAGGUGCAAGAGUCCGUCAUGGCGCACAAUAAACACUACAUCGAGAACGUGCGCUCCAUACAUCUUACAAGGCCAUGACGGUUAAGAUCGGACAAAUCCAUAGAUUUCUCGGUACUGGAUUAUCCCGAACUGAAAUAAAUUGAUACAAAUCAGUCAUCAGAAAUGUUUUCAUCAGCGUUUCACGAACAUGUUGAACGGUUGCGACGGCAACGGUGUCGGUCUAAGAACACUAUUUUAUCUUACAUUCUAAACAUAUAGCCUACAAGUGAUUAAGGAUUAGGGGUAAAACCCAUUUACAAUUUUUUGAUUAGAUGUACACACGGUGUAACGUGCAAGUAGUUAGUAUGCGCAAUGGAACCGUUGCGAACCUCAUGGACUGCAGAACGCUGCAGCAGAGCGGUUUUGUUAUCGACAUAUUGUGUAAUCUCAAGUGUUAUAUUUAAAUAUUGGACGGGCAUGUCGUCGCUACAAACGGUGGCUACGGAUGCAAAACAUUCUGAUGUAAGGGGAAGGCGUGGCGGAUGAUUGGCAACAUGGUGUGGAGGUGGAGCACGGGACCGCGAGCAGCGGGCCUGCGAGAUGUCUAAAUGACAUUUUAACAUGAUUCAUAUAUCCAUAGGGUUUAAAAUAUCGAACAUAAGUGUUUCAUCUUAUUAUACAAGACUAUGAGGUACUAUUGUCGUACUAAAUACGUACAUAGUUUGAUAUAAAAUGAUAACAAUAUGUAAAUAAUAAUUUCUUUAUAUUUUAUUUUUAACAGAUAUUCUGUAGGAAUAAUAUAUUUUAUUUAUGAAAUGGGGCCCUAGAGCAAGGACAAGGAAAUAUUUUAAAUAUUUUAAUGUUUUUAUUUGUCUACAUACUUGAUAAAUUUUACAUUUUGCCUUUAGUUUAGUGUUUCUUGGAUCGUUCUUGUUCUGGCGCCCUACAUUAUGGAUUCAAUGAAGUUUGAUAUUAUAUGACACGAUUUAAUGCAAUUAAUUAUUUAUUUAUUCCUCUAUUGGUACAUUUGUGAAAAUAAAUAUUGGAUGAAUUCAUAAUUUCUUACAUGACAGAACAAGGACGGCCUAUGCGCUAAAACAACACGACAUGACACAUUUUAAACAUUGUAUUUCUUCAUAUUUAAAUAUGUUUAUUGCUUGCCUUUGAAUUUAGUAACGCUCGGGCCGUUCUUGCAUUAGUGAGUUUGAUAUAAAGUGAUUUUAAUGGCAAUGAAUUGAAAAUAUUUAUUUAUUCGUAUAUUGGUACGUUGGCGUAUUUACAUAAUGCAGUGAAUAAAUAAUUUCUUAUAUAAUUUGUUUAGCAAGAAGACUAUCAUAGUAUCUGGUGACACUCAAUACAUAUUUCAUCCGUAGUUGUGCACAAUCAUUACACACUGCUUGUGGGUGUUAAUAUAAAUAGAAGUACAUGUUUAAUGUCGGAACUAUCUUUAUACAUUUUAUUUUAAAUAUCAGACUCGUAGUCGGUUGUAAUUUUAAUGUUUGUACACAUUUUGAAUUUUACAUCGUUUGGUAAGAAUUUCAAAUAGAUACAUUUGAAAAAGCUAAAGUAUUUAUAUUGUACUAUAUUUACAAUGAUUUGAGUUCGUGGUAAAUAGUUACGUUUUGGUAAGGAUAACUGUGAGAGUUUAGUUUAUGUACCGCCCUAUAGGGUCGCGUAAUGUAAGGAUGUACAGUGGUGUCGCGCAACUGACGGCGCGAGUGUCACUUCACACAGAGACCAACUAUGCAUUGGAUUGUAAGUCACAUCGUUAGAGUUGCUGUAUUUAUUUCACGCCGUGGAUAUUUAAAUAUCAUAUACUUAAUAUUUUCAAUUAUAGCGUAAGAUUGUCUUUGCAUAAAUGCAUGAAAUAAUCGUAUCAUUAUCGAUGUUAGUUUCUGUGUUCGUUUCUGCAUGGGUCGAUUGGAGCCGACGGAUGACACCUGCUGCUGCUGUCGUGGACACCGGAGACGCGGCGGGCUCUCGGUCCGCUAAUGACCGAUAUGGAAACCGUUAUAUUGGUGCAGUACGCAAUGUUUUUUAAUGGUUCAAGUAGUUAGGCUUUAUGUGACCAUCGAUGGCGCUCCACUAAUGUCUUGUCUACUGUUGGAAUGCGGCCGCGACUCACUAAUGGACACUUACGUAACCGUACAACUUAAUGUUAGUCAUCAUAACUUUGCCGGAAUUGCACUAUGACGUCGAUAAAUGGAUACUUUUUAUUUAAUAUGUCAUACCUAAAGAAUUUCCUCGUUUUAAAUCAGCAUUAUUAUUUGUAUUGAUAUAUAUUUGUACGUUAUUAUUAUUUGUAUUAGUUAUAUUUUUGUUUAAUUUUUAUGGCAUUGUGUAAAUAUAGCAUUUACAUUAUAAGCUAGUUGUAGGAGCCUGUUGAGAACAUGUUUCAUUUGUGUAAGUAGUCGACCGAGGUUGAUUCUCGGCGAGCUAUCGACUCAGUUAUUAGUUACAAAUUGUUAAUUUGCCGAUUCUGUUUACAAUAAGUUUUUUUUUUGUAUUUUUAAUGUAAGCCAGAAAUAUCCGGUCUUGGUUUUCACUUCAAGUUUUAUCUAAAACAGCGCAUGGAUACAUUUUGUUACGAUUAAUCGUAGAUAUUCGCUUCCGUUUUGUAAUAUAAACUAACUAAAGUCACUGUGCACAUGUUGGCACUGGGACAUUUAGCUGGUAAGCCGAAUUGCCUUCGUGCAUGUCAUCAUUUUUGUUGCGCGAACAUUGUUAUUUGUUUGUUGAUACAUUAUUAACAUACGCAAUAUUUUAACAGCCCUCGGUACGAUUUAUUUGAUUUAGUUGUUACGCAUUUGUGGAAAUUGAUCAGUAUUUUUUACUGUUAUUUACUUUGAAGUAGUUUCACGAAUGUCAGUUUUGUCUUUACAUGUGCCGUUGAGAUUGAUAUCAUGUUCAGCUGAACAAUAUGUAUUGCGCUGGAUUUUCCAUUUCUACCAUCACUUACUUCUGCUAUGGAUGUAGUGUAACUAUCUUUAUGGUUAAAAAGAAAUAAACUUUUCGGAAUAC